AUCGUACACGCCUAGUGAAAUCAAAAGUCAGAAGCAAGGAGGUACGAAGAUAUAUAUGAUAGACUAUCAAGAUAUCGAGAAUCGACUGGUCUAGACUGGCUAGUGAUUGCAGGAAAAGUUGAGCACGACAUUCAGUUUCCACUCGUGAUCUGGUGCGGAUGCGUGACCGAGCGCCUUCAGCUAGACCGAUAGAGCUAUUGAUUUUGGGGAUUUAUUUACCGCUACAAAGUCAAGGCCGUUGGGGACGACCGUCUGAUAUUGGAGUCGUUUGUCGUUCAACCCGCUAUUUCGAGAAUUUACGAGGGCACUCCAGAAAUGUUCACAAGCCCAGAACAAAGUACUUGUCAGUUGACCGUCGACUUUCCCAUCGAGUCAUCAAGUGGAAUUCAUUACCUCAGCACGUGGUUGAGGCUCUUUGAAAAGAAUGUUGGAUCAACUGAGAGACCACCAUUGCCAGUACUAACACAGGCCAUCAAGCCUCCUGUCCUUUCCAAACUGAAACUGAAACUUUUGCAUCUGUAAUCAUAUUGGGUACAAUAGUUUUUCUGGUUAUCGAUCUCUAUGAGCCAAACGGUUCAUUUGUGCUUUCUAACCCAACUUUGCGUGUCAGUUUUAGCCUCUGGGUGGUUUUUUCCAAGUUAUUUGAAAGUUUUCGAAUGAUGACAUGAUAGUGUGCAAAAGAAAUUGUUAACACUCGAGUUUUCUUAACUGGAGGAGUGGUGUGGGGUAUGAUGAGUGCAAAGGACGAUACUGAGAACUUUUUACAAAUCUAGCACUUGAAAAUUUUAGGUGUAGUUGUCCUGAAUGCGUGUGAUUGUGCCAGCAGUGUUGCUCGGAUCCAAUAAGUGCGUUAUCUGUUUAAAGAAUGAAUUUUUCCAUGUUUUAAAACAUUAGAUUUCUGGUGCGUUUAUCAAAAUAGAAGCUAGAUCUAAAACCAUUUAACGCUUCUAGCGUUAUUUAAGUUUGCGAAAUACCUUUUCACACGCCUUUUACUUCAGUCUACACUAGUUUAAAUUUAUUUGUUGGUUCGUGUCUGUAUAUUCAUAUUCUCCGUUUUCCCAUGUAUUUCCCAGAGUUUGGUUUGCCAACGUUUUUGACGUUUCAUUUCUUUAACUAUCACUUUAAAGUUACAUUUCUGGUACAUUUUCAUAUUCACUGUAGUACCAUUAUAAUUUCCGAAUUUUUGUGAUUAUCUGUUUUAUCCAUAUGCUGUUUAUAAUCAUCGUCUAACGUUAUCGAUGGGGUCGAAACUGUCUCUUUGUUCAAGAUGGUAUGCUGUGUGACAAGUACAGAUGGUCCCACAAAAUGUGUAGCAAUCUAUCACCGACUGCGCAUAAGCAUUCCUGCAGACCGCCUUCACUACCGUUAUGUAGAGAAUGCUGCAUAAAGACUGAUCUCUCUGAUGAAGUCUUUGAGGUCCUAACUCUGACGAAUAAGUUGCCAAGUGGCGAUACCCACUCAGUGAGUCUGACAUUGAACAAAUAGGAAACUAAAAGUUUAAUUGCUGUUUACAGGUUAAGACAACUCGAGUGUUAACAAUUUCUUUUGCACACUAUCAUGUUAUCAUUCGAAAACUUUCAAAUAACUUGGAAAAAACCACCCAGAGGCUAAAACUGACACGCAAAGUUGGGUUAGAAAGCACAAAUGAACCGUUUGGCUCAUAGAGAUCGAUAACCAGAAAAACUAUUGUACCCAAUAUGAUUACAGAUGCAAAAACGCGACUCCUAAUACUUUAACUGAAACAGAUUGAGUUAAAUUAAAAACACUAAUUUUGACUCGUGAUGAACGAUCGAAACUCGAAAAUUAACGUGGUGGGGAAGAAUAUCAUGAUAAUUGUUCAAUGCUAGGAAUUCCAUCAUGUUAAAUAACUGAAAAUUGCCUUUGGGAAGUAUUGUCACUUUGUAAUGAUUGUUCAUAAUUUGGAAAUGUCACAGUCACAGUAGCCCUUUGUUAUGCAGUUAUAGCGACCAGCAACUUAUAGUUCCUGACCGUCGAUUAAAUAGUGUGAAGUUUCAUAUGCAUAUGGUCCUGAGAUUAAUUAUAGCUAUUUGUCAUAUACUUCGUCCUUGCGGUAGAUAAGCACACCAGCUUUUAUAUGAAGCGCGAAAUUACCAUAGACCAGUCAUAAAAUAUCAGUGUCACAUGAAAUAGCAGUUAGCUAUAUCGUUUCCCUCUAAAGUCUAAGAUUGUAGGACUUAUGAAUUUUUAAAAUGGUUUCUCAUUGGCUGUUCUACUCUACUUUUGUUGGACCAUAAAGCUGAAAAGUACUAGUGUUUUUGUUGAUAUUAGCCCGACUGGCUCAUCAUAACAAACAAAACUUUAUCAAGGUAAUAGUACGGAUUUUAACCCAGGGAUCUUUCAUUGGUUUCUACACAAACCUCUAGUGCUCGUUAAACUUAAUGAAGCAAGCCCAUAAUUUACAUCACAAAGAGAACAUGCAGGAAGUUAGCAAUCCAAGUAAAAUCACAAAAGUGAGAAAACUGCCCGAGUUUUCACGGAGCGAGCCGUAUAGAAUUUAAAAUCUGGAAGGUUCUUCGAUUAAGACCAUCAGUUACAUCUUAAAUUUGGAAUGUCCAUAUAAUUAUUAUUUUACAUUUAUUGUAGUGUUCCAUAAUUGAACGAAAUACAAAGUCAAAGAAUUUCAUUAUUAGAUCAGUCCCAACAUAGUUCAUUUUUCAAACAAGAACGAGCUUACUAAGCCUACCAGAUUCAGGAUAUAUAUGUAUCCAGUGUAUUUGUGUCCAUAUUCCGUCACUCAGAUUUAGGCUGUACAUAUGUAACUCCCCAUAAUGUCAGUCAUCAUAGUUGGAGGUGGUAUCAUGGGUGUUUCUACCGCUUAUUAUCUAUCAAAAAGGAAGGUCGACACACUAAUAAUUGAAAAAGAGCAACUUGGAUCUGCAGCAUCUGGGCGAGCUGGGGGAUUCCUUGCUAAGGACUGGUGUUCUCACAAUGAAAUGGAUGUUUUAGCCCAGAACGGUUUUGAUUUGCACAUGAAAUUAGCAGAUGAGUUCGGUAGUGCAUGUGAUUAUAGACGUGUUAAUACGUAUUCUAUAUCAUUAUCUCCUGGGAAAUCUUCCGGUUCUUCAAAUUCACCAUCUUGGGUCAAUGCGAAAGUAAAAAAUUGUUCACUGAUAGGCGACUCUACAACUACUGCACAGGUACAUCCCAAAAAACUCACAGAUGAAUUAUUUCGGCGUGCUCAAUAUUUAACAAAUCAGGGAACAAAAUUGAAAAUUGCCCGUGUUAUAGGACUAGAAUUUUCAACAUCGAAUACAUCGGCUCCCAAAGUUAGUGGUGUUCGAGUAAUAGAAUCAUCUACUUCAAAUUCUGAAGUUAUCCCUGCCAGUUUAGUUAUACUUACUACAGGACCAUGGUCAAAGGAAGCUGUUAGUUGGUUACCAUCAGGAUGUUUAAAUCCUAAUAAAUUUCAUGGAAGGCGAGCUCAUAGUAUCAUAUUGAAACCAAAAAUAGAGAAGUCUCCAAUAGAUGCUAAGUGUUUGUUCAUGGAUUAUCAAAAUUCUGAGUUCUCUUGUUCACCUGAAGUUUAUCCAAGACCUGAUAAUACAGUCUAUGUAUGUGGUCUUGGUGAUGGAGCAGUGAGUUUAAUCAUUGUGUUUUUGGUUUAUAAACUGUUAUUGUUAUAUUCAUACACAUAGUCGUGACCAAAAACCUAGGAUCGAAUAAAGAUUGGAGAAAGUCUAUUGGAUUCGUUUUUCGUCUUCUCAAUAUUGAUUACUCCUAAGGAACUCAACUUUCACUCCCACCAAUUUCAAAAAACAGGCCUACUAGAUUAAAUAAGAUUUCCAUGUUUUUUUGUAAAUAUCUGUUUUCAAUUUCAAUGUCAUCAAAUAAAAUGUAUGCAAAAUUUUGAGCUUUCGUGGACCUCAGGUUCAAAGCCAAGAUUUCCCAGUCCUUGCAAGUUAACUCAUUUAUUUUCAUCAACAGACGCCAUUCACACAAAUCUAUGUUUGUGAACAUCUCCAUUGUCAUAGUAUACAUUUCGAUUGGUUUCCCAUAUUUGAAUAUGACUAGUGAUAAUUUCAUAAAAUUUCUAAACUUCAUUAUUAUUCCUUCUAGCCUGUGCCGUCUUCAAAGGACCAAGUUGAAAUUGAAUCUUGGCGUUGUAAUCGUUUAAAAGAAAUAGUUACUAGUGUAGUCCCAUCAUUAAAAGAUGCUGAGAUGAUAACAGAAUCUGCUUGUUAUUUACCGCUAGUGAGUGAUGGCUAUCCUGUUAUUGGUCAAAUUCCUGGUUUAUCCAAUGUUUAUAUUGUCACGGGUAAUUCUUGUUGGGGAAUUCUUACUGGACCUAUAUCUGGACGCCUUUUAACAGCUGUCAUUUUAAAAAAUAACCCUAAUUUAAUACAGAGCACAAAUUCAAACGUUACCGACCAAAUGGAGCUGGAUGAAAAAAAGCCCAAGAUGAUUUAUUACAACAACCCGGUAUUGAGUUGUUUAAUCCAGCAAGACUGAUAAAAUAAAUAACUUGAUUUUUUAUAUUUUUUAAAAACAGAAUCUGUUUUUUUCGUUUUAUUUUUUUUAUCUCAAGUGGAGUUUCACAUUAAUCUGACUGGUGUUUUCGUCUGAUUCAACCAGUACAACUCACUUGUCAUGACUAAAACUUCUCUUUUUGAACCAGAUUGUGACAAAAAAUACACAUAUCUAAGUAUUGUUGCCUAAUAUACUACCAUUUAUUUAUUACUAUUAUGUGUUCCUUUGAAGCAGUAGUACCGGGUCACUCACCAGGAACCGAAGUAGCUGUAGCGGGAUUAGGACCUGCAACCAAAUAACUGGGGACUAAGUACUGUAAUUGUUAAGUGACCCUUUCCACUAGUUGACUGGAAAAAACCAGUUUUAGGAUGCUCUGGAUGUACAUUCCAAGUUGACUGGUCUUCAUCAGAAUCGCCCUUAGCACAACGUAAAGAUUUCUUUCUUAUUUUUGUGUCAAGGUUAAUUUACAUUAGCACGAAAAGCUACUUAUUUGAAAUUGUUUUUGGCAAGUAAUUAGUAUAAAAAUGUUUAGACACAAUAGUAAAAGCGAUAAAAUUAAGUAGUGCAUAGUACGCUUCGAUAUCUAACAGUUUAAUGAAGCCUAUUGCAUUACAAAUUUCUGUCAUAAGGUGAGUAUAAAUGUAUAUAUUGGACAAACCAUCCUGAAUAACAUAGUGUUUUAUACAAAAGUACUUUCCAAAGUACAUUGUGAAUUCGUUUCAGAUCUACUCAAGGCAUUGCUAAUGUAGAUGAUAAGUACAUACGAUCGAGUUGUAUCUGUAUUCCUAAAUAGUUCAGUUCAUUUGAAGGAGAAGUAACUGGACUUUUUUACAGCUAAUUGUAACCUUCAAAAAUGUUCAAUUGAAAAUAUAACAAUAGGUUACCAUUACAUUGAUAAUGUUGCACUGCAUAAUCAACUACAAACCCUUAUUUGCCGACUUAGUUUUAUCUGAUGUUUAGUUAUACAGUUUUAGCUGAGUGGAUGAAUAUUACAGUGUAUCAGUUCACGGUGUAUAUACACAAAUCCACUUGUUCAGCAAAGAAAGUAUAUGGUCUGUUUUUUGAUGCUAGUGACCAUUUUUUACUUAAGGCUCAAAUUUAUCCGUAAUUACAUUAAAUGCAAAUUUGUUAUCAAUACGAAGGAAGUCGUUGGAAGAUUGUCUUAUGUUGUACUUCGGAAAUACAUAAUUUUGCAUAGGUGAACAUGUAAUAAGCUUACUGGUUUUGUAAGUUAUAGUAUAAAGGAUACCUUUAAAGGAGAGAGUUCGACAUCUGAAGAUUAAUGAUAGUGACAUUUAUUUUUAAAAUUGAUUUCUUGUAGAUUUACUCUUAUGUCCAAUAAGUAAUUACAGUCUAAGUAGUAGUCAUACUGAGUAGUGUCACUUUAUGAUUUGUCAUUGGUAGAAAUCAAUAAUUCGUUGUAUUAAGUUUUCUUCGGCCUAGUGUUCUUGGAUACUUUUUUCACUCAACUGAUUUUCGAAUGGAAACACGAUUUAGACGGAAGUAUAAAUAUUUCAGAGCGGAUAGCAAGUUAUGUUAAUAUAAUGAGAAAGUAUCACUGUAUGAAAAUUUUACACUGAAAAUUUCUAUAGUCUUCUCAGCUCAUUCACUAACGCUGAUCGAUUGAAGAUGAACCAGUCAGCGAGUUCCAAAGUGGUCUUAUUCGAAAUAUGCUUUAAUCAGGUCCUGUUGACGUGCUUAAAAGAAAAUGCAACCGUGCAGAACAGUAAAUCAGAUUCGAAUACUGUCCGAUCAACUGAUCAUUUGAUACCCCUGAUGAACUGAAUUCAUAGAAGUAACCUGUGAUUUCAAUUUGUGAACUUUUACUUCUAUUCGAUAACUCUCAGAAACUUGAAGUCUCCAUAACUGUUGCAGAACACCUUGGUCAUAACUGUCGAAUAGAGAUAGCAUUGUUGAUUGAUUUGGGGAGAUCGACAAGCACAUCUGUUAUAUCCUGACGAAGAAUUAAUGAAUGGUAGUUGCUCGAACUUAUUUAUGGACUAUUACUACGUAUAUUCAUAUUGGAUAGCUAUUAAAUAGAUUAUAUUCAUAUUACCUUUAUCAUAAACUUUCAUUUGACCUAUUGGCUACUGCUAUACCAUUUACUAUUCCCAAGUUAUUCUCGAUCUCUUAGUCACAGCCUCUAACAUUCACACCUACCUUUCGGUUUGCUCUUGUAUAAUUGUUAUUUUCUAUUUUGUGGUAUGAUAUGAUUUGAUUAGCUUAUAUGUAAACCCAGUAUGUCUGAAAUAUAUGAUUUAUGCAGUAGAAGCUGUAUUCUGGACUCAAACAGGUCGUGCUAGGCGGAAGGACUAAUCAGGACUCAGAGUUGACUCUUGACUGCUCGUACUGGUUGACGUGUCAUUGUUUUGGUACAGUAUCAAGAUUGUAUAAGUCGUGUUCUGAUUGGCAAUCUUAUCAUGUGAUAGUUAACUGGGCAAAAUUUAUAACAACAUCUCUUUUUAAUCUGAAGAACCGCAUCAUUUAAACUAACGACAUCUGAAAAAUCCUUUUGUAGAAUGGCAAAUAAAUUCCAAAUUAAUGGUUUAAUGUACUUUUUUCAAAAUCAUUUUUAAGUUAAUUUAGUAAUUGUAUUGAAUUAUUGUAGUGCGGAAUAAUCUAGUUUGAUACUUUUUGUCUCAAUCCAAAGUUUACCAUUGACCUGAAUCAACACCAUUGUUUAUAUUCUUUGUCCGAUUUUGAAACUUCCUAAUCACCGAAGGUUUUCACAACUUCGAACUGUGGGUGAUGGUUCUUGUUUAACUGGAAUAUCACUUGCCUCUACAACUUGGUUCAUUCAUUCGCUUAGUCGUAUGCACUAUUAACCGGUCACUGAUUUAUCUGAAAUAUCUGGUAACCGACUAUAGCUAGCUUAACAUGUUUGUGCUUCUUUUGGAUACUUGUGAUUAAAAAGUUUGUGUUAAUAAUCAUAGUUUUUGUUUUCAAAUGAAUAGCUACAUAACUUUCUACUAAAAGGAUUAUUAUGUUGAAGGAAAAAACAAACGUAUACGAUUUAUUUAAUUCACAGACAAUUAUCUUAAGAUUAUAUGGAAACAUUUUCAGUAGAUCCCCAGGAAACUUUGGUAUCCCAUGUACAGUAAUUCAUGUGAAAAGUGUAACCCAACUAUGAAAGUGAUUGGAUCGAUAUCAGGUCUGAGAAUGUUAGGAUCAGGUAAAAACAAGUAAUUAUUUGCAUCAAAGUUUAGCUCCUAAUGUUGAUUGAAAUCCAAAAUAUUCCGAUACAUCUGUACUCGAGAUGUACUGCUUUAAACUACACCCUACAAAUGUUCAGUCAGCGCACCUAGUAAUUACAAUAAUAUUUAUUAUUCACAUAGAUCCCAGGUGACUGGUGCUAUUCAGCUUUGAAAUUUGGGUUGUAGUAAAUAGGUCCCAUUCGGAUAUUUGAUUUAUAGCUUUUCCUCUUAAGGAAAAUAGAUAGUUGGUUUAUCUACCUACAUAGAGUGGGUCUUUUCGAUGCCAACAAAUUUCCUCCUUCAUAGUUCGUUUGUCAUCUGUUUUACACAAAAGUAGACUGAUCUCUGUUGAAAAAUAAAUAUAAUUUCGAUCUCCUAUAAACAGUCUUUUUCUUAACUUACUACUUAAUAAAAUGUUUAAGUACUAGAAGUGAUUUAUAAAGAAGUUUUUUUCAAUGAGAGUCUAGUUAAUUAUCCUAUUAUUCUCGUUUUUAUUUAAUUAAAAUCGAAUAUUACUUUAAUCUAUCUUAUAAAAUGAUUUAGACAAAUCCAAUUCAUAUAAAUGAGCUGAUAUUGAAGAAGUAUAGGCAAAUCGCCACAUAAAAAAUAUACAGUUUGGUUUAUUACUUUAGCCCAAAUGAUGUUAUGUACAACUUAUUUAUUUUUUCUCUUAUUUCCCCUGUUAUUACUUCUACUGUAUGUGUUGUGAAAGAAUGAAUACUGAUGAUGUUGUUUUUGGGACAAAUUUAUGGGUUAUUAUUGAUAUUUUCAUUGCAUAGUUAAUAGAUAAAUAUGUUAUUGUAUUUCUACAUUCUCCUGAUUGUAAGCUGCCACUGGAUCGAUUAACUGCUGUUGUAUCCUUUGCUAUUUCCUAAUUAUGUUUACUUAAUCAUUCACCUCCUCCGAUAUCUUCCACUUUCGGUGUAGUUAUUCCUAUGUUGUAAUUUCAUCAUCAUAUACAUUUGCGAUCAGAAAAUUACUCUACGUUAUUGUGAGUUGAUUGGCAUAAGAUAUACUAUUGAACUAUUGCUUGUUGUAUUGUAUUAUCAAACAGAAGACACGGUUGAAAGAAGUGUUCAAACUCUAGACCAAUAGAAGUUAGGAUUAUUCUCCGCUUCAAACUCUAGGUUUACCUUGCUAGUGCGAACGAAUAAUUGGUUGAACUUUGGACGGUAGCGAUAAUCAAAAAUGGUAUACACAGAGGUGGAGAAAAUUUACAGGAUGUACGUUGACGAAAAAUUAUCUAGAUAUCUAUCAACCUGCAUUCAUGACAUUGUACAUUCUUCUUAACUUUUCC